CGCGCGGGAACCACACGCGCCUGGUCGGAAGGAGGGGAUAUCGCCGCCCCUAUUGCCUGGCGAGAGAGCGUCCGUCAGACCAUGGCGCCCGCGCGUACGCUGCUCCGCCUGGCCGCCCUGCUCUGCACAGCGUGGCGCGCGGCGAGGGCGGGCGGCCAGGACGACUGCGAACAGCCGCGCCUGGAGGAGUGCACUCAGCCCAUCGCGCUGCUGUCGGGCAACGCAGAGCUGCGCUUCGUCGCCGGCAAGGAGGAGCUGGACCGGCGCUGCCUGGAGUUCGACGCCGGCCUGCGCUGCAUCGAGAACCACCUGCGGCGCUGCAUGACCCCGGACCAGCGCACGCACUUCAACCACCUCUACUACGACAUCUACGAGAUCAUCCGGGAGAUCUGCCGCGAGGGCUUCUACCAGACAGAAUACCUAAGGCAUGCGCCAUGCAUGAAUCAAGUGGAACCCGAGAACGAUAAGUGCACUAAAGCCUAUCAGGAAAAAAUCCAUUCCCUGGAGCAACAGCAACAGAUGAACCUGACAAACUCGGAAAAUGAGAAACAACUUCGUAAACUAUGCUGUUCUUUCCAGGAAUUUCUCCAGUGUUCGCAAGCUGUGGUUCAGUUGACGUGUGGCGACGAGGCAGCUAACUUCACGAGUCAUUUCCUGGACAAGAUGUCAGCGUCUUUAAUUCAGGUACACUGCGAGAGGUACGUGCCAGGGUCCCAGAAGUGCGCCGGGGAUAGCGCGAUGGCUUCGAGGAGUUCCGUGGCGGUGUUCCUCCUCCUCGUCCUCACCGCCCGCAACGAACAACGCACUUGAGAGCAGUCCAGCGACCCGGGCCGUCCGCGGACCACCGACGGCGAACCCCUCGAGCAUCUCGAGAAAACGUGGCUUCGCCGGACGACGUUGAUCACCGCGAAUCUCACGUCCCAAUCAGGCAGAAGAACCAGCAGGUGCUUGGAGCGGCAGUGCGCGAUCGGACGAAAGUGCUGUCGACACUCUUUCCCUUCCCAGAGCACGUAAGAGUUUUUUUCCAAGCGUGCGACACAGAACUCGAUGGACAGUUUCCAGUCACUUGAGUUUUACUGUUCUUCCUUCGUCGGUGUCUCGGUGAACGAACCACCACCCGAGGAAUAAAAAUUAAGUUUUAAUGUUUUCUGGCAGCAUUUUUCCCUUCUGUUAGCACUUUUAGGUGGUUUGUGUUUGCGGAUCUCACACUGAAAAUACACACCUGCGUAAAACUGCGAGUGUAAAUAGUGGCUUGUAGAAUGGAAAAAAAAAAUCAGUCAGUAGGAACGAUCCCGAGGACAACGUGGUUUUUGUGUACAAAUCAAAACUCUGCAUCAAAUUCCGCAAAGCAAAAUAUGUAAUUUUUUCGUGUCUGUUGCAGUGUGGCAGUAUCUCUUUGAGCAAUUCUCUUCAUUUAUUCACACGUAAAGAUAAUUUUAUGUCAGGCUGGCUAUAGGUGAGUGAAACCUCGCCUUAAAUAUAAGCACCUCCUUCCCCCCGGCGUUUUACCACUUCCCUUACCAUAUUCUACGUGCAGUUCAUACUGAAAGAAGAAAGUCAACUUCUCUUAUGAGGACGCUUGAACUAUGUAGUCGAAAAUCUGUAACGAACUUUUAUGGACACAGAAUUUUAAAAUGCAGUGUCUUACCUAAUCAUGUACUUGUACAUAAAAAUAUACUGACAACUAAUUACACAUAACAUUUAUAUUAGUAAAUUUAGUUCAAACCAAAAUAGUGUUAAAUAAUAUGUAAAUUUGUAAGAAGUGUGGUGAUUCCAGAAAGGAAGAUUAAAUAAAGUCUAAAGCCUGUUGAUUCUUAAAAUGAACUCCAUAUGAUGGGAACAUUUUGUAAAAGUGAUUUUUGUCCAUAGCUGUACAAAAUUCUAUUUACACGUAGCCUGUCUUAGAUAUGUUCCAACUGUCAACGUGUUAAGUAAAUAAUUUCAUACUUACACACUUUCUUGGCUGAACGAAAACGUUUAGCUAUAGAUAGACGUGUUUACAUUAGCUGAAAUGCACUAUAAGUUUGUUUAGUAUUGAUACUUUUAUGUAUUCUAUACAUGUUUAAACACUAAGAAAGAAUUAUAAUGCUGUUGUGUGAAUA